GGUAUGUGUGAGUCUGUGAGCACAUGAGAAGAGGAAUGAUAAAUCCACUGAAAAGAGACUAACAUUUUCCAAUAGAAUGGCAAGAAAAGGAUGCAUUUAUCUCCUUGUUUUGGAUUUCAUGGAGAAAAGGAAAUCGGUAGGUGUUCUUUAGGCACCCGAGUACAAACUAAGAUCAGGUCUUCCACUAGAAUAAAAACAGCGCUGUAUAGGGCCAAAGGAUCAAAGAUGGAGUUCCACUGGUAUCUGAGUCGGUGAAACAUCCCAGUCACCAACUUAAUCCUCAGGUAGACUAAUUAUCAAGAAGGUGACUUCCAAAAGGGAGCUGUAGCCAUGCUGUGUGGUCUUCGGAGAGACUCCAAGAACAGCAAUGAUGAGGGACCAUACGCAAAAGGAAGCAAGCAGUCCGGGGCAUCUGACCAAUCACAUUUCUCCCAGAGGCGCAGCCUUUCAGAGGAGUACCGGGGAGUGACCACAGUGGACCUAAUGAAAAGGGAAGGCAGCAACCUCGGCCUGACCAUCUCCGGAGGCUCCGAUAAAGAUGGCAAGCCCAGAGUUUCAAACCUACGGCCAGGUGGGCUGGCUGCCAGGAGUGACCAGCUGAAUGUAGGAGAUCACAUAAAGUCAGUAAAUGGAAUCAACUUGUCCAAACUUCGACAUGAUGAGAUCAUCAGCCUGCUGAAGAACAUCGGGGAGCGGGUUGUCCUAGAGGUGGAAUACGAGCUUCCUCCAUUACGUGCGUCAAUCCAGACUCCAUCAGGAGUCAUAAGCAAGACCACAGAGGUCUGUUUGCUCAAAGAGGGCAACAGUUUUGGCUUUGUCAUGAGAGGAGGCUUUCAUGAAGACUGGCGCAGGUCUCGUCCUCUGGUGGUGACCCACGUCAGGCCUGGGGGUCCUGCUGACAGGGAGGGCACAGUGAAGGCUGGCGACAGAGUAUUGAGCAUAGACGGCAUGCCUUUAAACAGGGAGAAGCAUGCUGAUGCGUUGACCAUGCUGAUGCAGAGCAGCCAGGAAGCUUUGUUGCUGAUCGAGUAUGACAUCUCUGUCAUGGAGGCAGUGCAACAAGCUUCAGGUCCACUGCUAGUGGAGAUAGUCAAAGGGGCUUCCUCCAGUCUGGGAAUCAGCCUCACCACAUCCAUUUACAGGAACAAGCAAGUCAUCAUUAUUGACAAGAUAAAGGUGGCGAGCGUUGCCGAAAGGUGUGGAGCAUUGCACGCAGGUGACGUCUUGCUGACUAUUGAUGGAACAAGCACAGAACACUGCUCUCUUAUGGAAGCUUUGCAGCUUCUAGGCAACACCCCUGAUGUUGUCAAACUGGAAAUUAUACCAUGUAAUCAGAGCAGACUGCCUGUACGGCCACAAGACACAGUAAAGGUGCAGAAGAGCAGCCAUCAUCACUGGGACCAAAGCAGCAACUUCUGCCUCCCCCCACAUGCCAGCCACAGCAAGACAUGGAGCAGCCCAAGCCACCCACACAACCAGCAAGACCUCUGCAAAACUCUGGUGAGUGGUGGCUUCUCCCCUUCUUCCACAGCCACCUCAGGCUUCAGCAGCCAGGGAAGCAGCAUGCUGCCAUGCCCGAUGGUGUCCACUGCACCAACCAGCCCUCGGACCUCAACCGGCAAGAGGAGGAACAGGAAGAAGGACCACAAAAGCUCAUUGUCUCUGGCUUCAAGUUCUGUGGGCCCAGGGGGGCAGGUUUUUCACGUGGAAGUGAGUGAGGUCAUCCUGAGGGGGGAUCCGCUAACAGGUUUUGGGAUCCAGCUGCAGGGGGGUGUCUUUGCCACAGAAACUCUUUCUGCUCCUCCCACCAUCCGCUUCAUUGAACCAGACAGCCCAGCUGAGAGGUGUGGCCUGAUACAGGUUGGAGAUAGACUCUUGUCUAUCAAUGGCAUUCCGACUGAAGAUGGCACUUUGGAGGAGGCCCAUCAGCUGCUUAGAGACUCAGCUCUGGCCAACAAAGUCACGGUGGAAGUUGAGUUUGAUGUUGCAGAGUCUGUGGUUCCUAGCAGCGGUACCUUCCACGUGAAGUUGCCAAAGCGAAGAGGAAUGGAGAUGGGGAUUACAAUUAGUGCAAGUAAGAAGCCUGGCAAGCCACUUAUCAUCUCUGACAUCAGAAAAGGAAGCAUAGCACACAGGACGGGCACUCUGGAGCCUGGAGACAGGCUGCUGGCUAUAGACAGUGUGCGUCUUGAGGAGUGCAGCAUUGAGGACGCCAUGCAUGUCCUGGGUCAAGCCGAGGACAUGGUCAAGCUCCGAAUACAGAAAGACGAGGACAACAUUGAUGAGCUGGAGAUGUCUGGCUCGAUCAUCUACACUGUGGAGCUCAAGAGAUAUAACGGACCUCUGGGAAUCACUAUUUCAGGCACCGAAGAGCCUUUUGACCCAAUCGUCAUUUCGGGUCUAACCAAGAAAGGCCUAGCAGAGAGGACCGGAGCCAUUCACAUAGGAGACCGCGUGUUGGCUAUCAAUGGGAUCAGUCUGAAAGGCAAAACGCUGAGUGAGGCCAUCCACCACCUGCAGAUGGCAGGGGAGUCGGUCACCCUCAAGAUUAAGAAACAAGCAGACCGCAUGACAGCGUCUCCUCGUUCCCAUGAAUAUGAUGGGAGGCGAGUCCUGGACAGAGAAAUUGGAUUUUUGAGUGACCUUGAGGAUGAACUGAUGGACUCUCAGAGAAUGGGUAAACUUUCAGAGAUGUACUCAGCCACCGUGCCCAGUAUCGACUCCGCAAUGAGCUCCUGGGACGGCUCGGGAUGCGACGCCGGCUUCAGUAGCCAAGGAACUUAUCUCCACAAAGAUUCAUUACUCAAUCCCAAUGAAUGGAGGAGAACCAAGUACAGGAGCCCAGUCGGGUCCAGCUCUGCAGGACUGCUACAUCACACAGGGCUCUACAACGAGCGACUUACAGAGGAUGACUGGGAAAAGAUGCCCGGAUUCAUCAGCCCCCCUCAUUGCCAUGGCACCCUGAAUCAGGAUAGCUUCUGGUCUCAGGCUAUUCAGGACCUGGAGACUUGUGGCCAGUCUGAGAUCCUCAGGGAGUUAGAGGCAUCUAUGACAGGUAGCGCUUUUAGUCUAUACCUAGAGGAGACCAAGACAGAUGAAGACUCCAUGUUUCUGUCAGAAAUAAGUCCUAUUAAACAAGAGGAAACGAAUGUGGCACCAAAGAACAGGAACAAGCUCAACAUGUUGACCGGAUGUGGCAGGGGCUCAAAUAGUUUGUCUUCUAUGACCCUGGCCCUUCACAAGGUGACUAUCAGAAAAGACCCUGAGAGCCGUGACUUUGGAUUCAGUGUAUCUGAUGGGCUUGUGGAAAAAGGUGUAUUUGUCAACAUGAUCCGCCCUAAAGGCCCAGCUGACCAAGCGGGCCUGAAGCCUUAUGAUCGUAUACUUCAGGUGAACCGUGUGCGGACCAGAGACUUGGAUUGCUGUCUCACUGUGCCACUAAUUACAGAAGCGGGAGCCAGCCUGGAUCUGGUCAUUAGCAGGAAUCCAGUGGAAACUGGUAACACCAGGGGUCUGCCCGGCGACCGUAACGACCCUUCCGUCUCACUGCUCUGCUUUUCCGAGCAGCGCACCAACAGUAUUGCCCUGUGAGCACUAACACAGACGUUCUGGCACCUCGCACACGACGUCACAUUGCACCUGCUAGAUGUUCACAGCAUCCGCAGCACAGUGACACUUACAGCACCGCCGGCGUUAAUCACCACAUUCACAUGAUGCUUUUCAGAUCUGUUUUUUGGGCUCACCCUCCCCUCCCUCUCCAACAGCACAUUGCAAGGUUAUAUAACAUCAGAGACAUUACUCACAGUCACACGCUGCAUACAACUAGUUCUUGCAUUGACUACUUGACCACUAACACGCAGCCAUUUAUUAUGCCCACACAUGCACAGGGUGUUAGCACAUUUAAGGUUUAAGGUACAUAUGUUUUCUUGGCUCACUACCCAUGUUUCCAUCGAGAAGGAUCGGUCUCCCCCGAGUAAAACUCUCACCGCCAUCAGCCAAGCAUCAUAAAAGGUUACGUCGUAUAGGCUAUGUUGAUCUCGGGAAUGCUUGCAAAGACAUGUCUCUAUUCUCCUGGAUGGCCUUGAGGUGGAUUAAUGCUAACAUCACUUUUUUUUUUUUUUUUUUUUUAAAUACUUCACAUUUUCUACACUGUCACAUACACAUUUUCACUUUUGGUUUUCACUAUAGGAUGUCUGCUCAUUGUUUCAAAUGAAAGUCUCUCUUCAUGUUGGCUAAAUGAUUCUCUUUGGUGGUUUUGUUUUUUUGGACCACCAGCUGACCCCGUGUUGCUGGUACAACCUCAGCAAGUGACUUAUUAACUUACAGAAGCCCCCGCUGUCACGUCUUGUUUACCUCCAUGGGGUUGUUGUCAGCGUGCCCCUUCAAUCUUACCCCUCCAGUUUAAAUGAAGAGUUGACAUCCUGUUUUUGGCUGCUGUCUGCACAGCCUUAAAGACCCGUACAGUGUUGGGAUGUCAACUCUACUCAGUUAAACUAGCAAAUGUCUACAGAGGCCUAUUUUUAAAAGCUUUAUAUACUGUAUGAAUAAAAUGUUCUGAUUCUAUUUAGGUGUAGAGUAAAUGUUUUUAAUUCUCAUACAAGCAUGUGCAAAUUGAGUUAACUGUUAUACAGAAUGUGGAAUUUUAUUUGAAGUUUUUUUUUUAAUAUAAAAUGCUUUUUUGUGUUUUUUUUAAUAAAACCUAUCAAAAACCAUGACUACUUUACUUCUAGCUUUACAUGCUCGCGAAACCUGUUUAAUGUUGAGGUCGAUCGCUCGGGUAAGAUUCCAUAAGGCAAAUUUUCUGUAUUGCACUGGUUACCACUACGUAAUACCAUUAUACAUUUUGACUGGUCAAAAUGGAUUGAGUGAAUGUCUAUUGCCGCACUGAAACAUGAUCAUUCAAUGCCAGCCAUCACAGUUCACAUAGAUGCCUGUCAAAGGCAGUGAAUGAGUUAAUUUACCACUAAAUGGAGCCAGUGUACCACUGGAAAAUCACUGCUCACUGAUACAUUUCUU